AUGAACAUAAAUACUACCAGCAACACCAACACCAAUAACUGUCUCGCAAAGAUUGACACCAGAAAGAUUGCUAGUGACAAACACUUAAAGUGUAAAUCCGAAGAAAAACCAGCGCCUGCUUUUGGCUUCAAAUGUGAAGUUUGCGAAAAACCCUUUGACCGUCGGUACAAUUUGAGCUCUCACAUGCGUACACACACAAACGAGCGACCAUUUGCAUGCCGCCACCCUGGCUGCACCUGGAAGUUUGCACGGACCCAUGAUCUCAAACGUCACUCUGGACAGCACUCUGAUUUCAAACCACACGCCUGCCCUAGCUGUCCAAAGAGAUUUGCGCGUGGAGAUGCUCUCAAGAGACAUUGGAAGGUUGAUAAGAUUUGCAAGCAACCAGCCAGUAUGAUCAAGAAGAGAAAGUAA